AUGGAAACAGCCUAUGCGCACUCGUCUCGAAUGGCCGACGAGCGGCCACUUACCUUCGUCAUGGGAAGUGGCCUGGGAGAGCAAUGUUUCUUUGCAGCUGCUUUGGGGAUGUCUUGCAUCGGCUACGAUGUGCUUUGCAACUCAACGGUGAGUCAGGCCGGUCGCAUUGUAUCCGAGCACAAGCUGGAGCAGCUCGCGAUCAGACAUCUUUGUGGCAGUGCAGUAGAGAGCGAGGGCUUAGAAGAAGCAGCGGCUGUCUUUCUCAACGAUUACUCUUUUGAGCAGCCUUUGCAUGAGCAGCUGGAGCUUCAUCUUGCUCGCAAGCUUCGAUCAGGAGCCGUUGUCGCUUCCUUCUCACCGUGGACGCACGAAGCUGGAUUCGCCCUUGUUGCAACUGUAGAAGUCGAGACAUCUUGGGGCGAUGUGCCGGUGGAGAUCCGCUUGAAGAAAGAGUGCCUGGAGGCCACGGCCUUCCCAACGGCUCUUCGCCCCCUUUGA